AUGGAAGCAAAUGCGGUGCAUAAGAAGGGAUCAAUUUAUUUGGGAUUCCGGAACGGUUAUAUAUUUUCCUACCGAGUGAUCAAUGAGGAGGAAAAAUUCUCGGAAAUAUUAUUUUCACUCGAUCUCGCACAUCGUACUCCCCAAACAGAAGUACUCGGUAAGGACGAUGAAUUGCACUUAUUUUCGACCGAUGGUAAAGAAGCAAUUGUAGUAAUUUGCGGUCCCAUAACAUAUUAUCGAAUAUACAACGUUAAUCCACG